CCGGCCUGACAGUCCUGGACAUGACCCGCGUCCUGGCCGGCCCGUACUGCACGCAGAUCCUGGGCGACCUCGGCGCUACAGUCGUCAAGACUGAGCACCCCGUUACUGGCGAUGACACGCGCGCUUGGGGGCCGCCGUUCGCUGAGACAAAGGAUGGCGAUGGCGAGGGCGGAAGGGGGGAGAGUGCGUAUUUUUUAUGUGCAAACCGGAACAAAAAAUCGAUCGGCAUAUCGUUCAAGCACGCACGGGGACAAGAGAUCCUGCGGCAGCUCGCGGCCCAGUCUGACAUCCUAGUCGAGAACUACCUCCCUGGCACACUGGCGCGAUACGGGCUGGACUACGCCUCGCUCUCCGCCGCCAACCCGCGACUGAUCUACACCUCCAUCACGGGCUAUGGGCAGACAGGCCCGUACGCCGCCCGCGCCGGCUACGACGUCAUGGUUGAGGCCGAGUUCGGGCUGAUGCACAUCACGGGCGAGGCCGAUGGCCCGCCGGUAAAGGUGGGCGUCGCGGUGACAGACAUGACCACAGGUUUGUGGGCGAGUAAUUCCAUCAUGGCGGCGCUUAUUGCGCGCGGCGUGACGGGCCGCGGACAGCAUAUAGAUGUGGCGCUCAGCGACUGCCAGGUCGCCACUCUGGCAAAUAUUGCCAGCUCCGCGCUGAUAUCGGGGGAGAAGGAUGGGGGGAGGUUUGGGACUGCGCACCCGUCCAUCGUACCUUACGAAGCAUUCCCGACGAAGGAUGGCUCGAUCCUCCUCGGCGGCGGCAACGACCGCCUCUACGGCGUUCUGUGCACGAAGAUUGGCCAGCCGCAGUGGACGGCCGAUCCCCGCUUCGUCACCAACACCAUGCGUGUUCAGAACCGUAAGGUCCUUGUUCUCAUGAUCGGCGACAUCAUGAAAACAAAAACCACCCAGGAAUGGCUCCAAAUCCUCGAAGGCUGCGGCAUGCCCUACGCGCCUAUCAACGAUAUACAGACAACGCUGGCGCACGAACACGUGCGCGCACGCGGGAUGGUGCAGACGGUCGAGCACCCCACCAUUGGGCCCAUACGGCUGGUCAAUACUCCCGUCAAGUACUCGGAGGCGACGCCGGGGAUCCGAACGCCGCCGCCGACAUUGGGGCAGCACACGGAUGAGGUGCUGCGGGAGUUGGGGUUGGGCGAGGAGGAGAUUGCGGAGUUGAGGGGGGAGGGCGUUGUUGCUUAAUAUGGCGUGGAUCGGCAAGCUCGAAGGUACAAUUUAUGCUGUCGCUCAUCCGUAGAUAAGACGGUACAUGCGCUGCUCGUGCUCGCUCAAGAUAUAGUUCCAAGUUCCAAC